CUCUAUGGAAGUUCUUUGAAUGCCCCUUCGCCCUCCAUCGUCGAGCCCCGUCCAGCCGUCGUUGUCCAGCGCCUCUCCCUUUCUGGCGCCUCUCCUAGUGUGUCUGGUUCUGCCACUCAACAAACUUAUUCCCAUAUGGCCAACAAGAGUAGAAUGAAUGAAAGGCAGAUAUUGAGUAAAAACCAUAAAGGUAUUGAAGAGAUGUGGUUAGAGGUUCUUGAGAGGAUUCAAGUUACUGGACUGAGAGAAUUUUUGUAUAAAGAAGGCAAGCUGAUCUCUGUCAGUUUUGGAGCAGCUCCAACUGUACAGCUAAUGUUUAGUUCUCAAAUGACGAAAUCCACGGCUGAGAAGUUCACAGGUCACAUUUUACAAGCAUUUGAAUCUGUCCUCGGAACAUCUGUAACGAUAGAAAUUAGAUGCGAGUCAACUAGAGAUGCAGGCUCAGCUGUUCAACUUCCUCUUACAUUGCCUGCUACUGAUGAUAGUUCGUCACACAUUAGAGAAUUAAGUGGUGUCGGUGUCGGUGUCGCUCGAGCUCAUCCAAGGCGUGAAAUCAUAGAAGAAGCAGCUUCUCCAGCAGAGCACAAGAAUGAUGCACAUCAAGUUGAUGCUCAUGCAACAUCUUACAGAAGUGUAGAAGGUUCAAGUAUAGGGCAAGCAUCAGCUUCCCAAAGAAAUCCAAUAGUUAAGUCUCACUUGGACUGCAGAAAGCUUAGGGAACAAGGUCAAAGUAAAAGUAUUGUAAAAAGUAAGGUAUCUCUUGCUCAUGUAAUCUAGCAGGCGGAAAGCCAGCAAAUUGGG